AUGGGCAAGCACCAACGUAAACGUGCUCGCUCGAGACGGAAGAAGGCGAACUUCUCCAAUGCCCCAGCUGAAGUCAUCGAUCAGAUUAUGAGUUUCAUUCCGAGACCGGGCCUCGUGAACCUUUACCUAGUUAACAAAUCCCUCCGCUCCUAUGCCGAGCCCUUUCUUUAUUCCACCGUUGUGCUCGAGUGGACUAGGUAUCAGCCACCCCCAAUUAUCAAUCUUUUGCAAACACUUCUCCGGAGACCUGAACUGCUAGCCUUUAUCCGUACCCUAGUACUGCAGGGAAAUGAACCGCUCGACGUCGAACUGCCUUCUCUAAAGCCUACUGGAUAUAGGGUCCAGAGCUACAUGCCGAUCAUUCAAAAGCUCAAACUCCCAUUCACUGAUAUCUGGGUGCAAAAGCUCCGGGAUGCAUCGCGCAAGCCGCCAACAUAA